AUGAGUGGCAGCGUCAUCAGCUUCAACUCAAUACCAGAUGCCAGGCAUGUCUUCCUUGAUAGAAGUGGUAGCAAUGCCGAACCCAGUCCCACUUACGUGGACGGUGUUGCAAUAUCCGAGGCCUCCAUGAUCUCAGACCUUGGUGAUCAGGAGAGUACUCUUGGAUAUGUCCACCCUGAAUGUGAGAAACACAUGGCUGUAAAGUUGGCUGUAGG